ACUGCGCGCAUGCGCACACUCAAAAACAGCAACAUGAUUGGCUGCCUGUUAUUUUACGCUCUCUACCCGCUAUCACGGUUCCUGUUUAAUAGAAGACCCUCAGAGUCCACAAAGAAGAGUCACUCUUCUGCAGUGGUUCAUGGCACGACAGCAUGUGAUGGUGCUGCUGUCCCUAUCAGGAUGUUCACCCAGUUUCAGAAACACUUGCUGGACCUGUGGCUUAACCAAAGGUGUGGGUCAAAGGGACAAAUGGAGGAAAGGAUAAGCCAGCAAUCUUCCUCAGAGGAAGACAAGACUCCAGAUGCGGAACAGCUGCUAUCAGUCACGCCGAAAGACAUGGUGAACGAGGCCCAGUCUGCAGUGAAGGAGACAGAGGCAACGGUGCAACAGAACAAACUGAAGGCACCCCAACUUCACGGCAGGAAGACACACACUCCACCGAAACAACAAUACAGUGAAGAAUCUGAAACUAUGCAACAUGCUGCCCCUCAUUCGGAGGAGCCAAUGAAGAUGCACAGGUUGCAAGGGUCAAGUACAGCUGAGAGCAGCAGACCAGAAACAGAGUGCUGGGAUGAAUAUCUUGCCCCUGCUGCUGAUGUGAAUCCAAACGGUGGAAGAAAUUCUAACAUGACGCUGGCGUCCCUUCUCUCUCAUGCUCAAAUUAAUGAUCGUGAUAAGCAAACAGGAUGGCACUUCCCGACAGGACCUGGUUUAAUCCAUGAAGUCCAUCGUCCGCUCUGGCGCUUUCCGUCUGUGAGCUAUUAUCCUCCAUUGGAGCCGACAGAGCCCUUUGAGGUAAUGUGGAGAGUAUGGCAGGAGAAUAAAGCUGAUUAUCCCAUGAUCCCUUUCACAAAGCCUUCCAUGGACUUCACUGUCAUGUCCUACAACAUAUUGGCCCAGGACCUGCUGGAAGACAACAUGGAGCUGUACAGACACUGCCGCCUGGAGGUACUGGACUGGGACUACCGCUGCAACAUUCUUUUGGAGGAAAUAUGCAGAUGGGCGCCAGAUAUUCUUUGUCUCCAAGAGGUUCAGGAGAACCACUAUGAUACGCAGCUGUACCCAGCCCUAACUCAAAUGGGCUACAACUGUGCUUACAAGAAGCGCACGGGGAACAAGACAGAUGGCUGUGCUACCUGCUAUCGCAGCAAUUGCUUCUCUGAGGUGUCUGUCACCCUGCUGGAGUUUUUCCGGCCUGAAACUGAACUUCUAGACAGGCACAAUGUGGGCAUAGUUUUGUUGCUUCGUCCACUUGUCUACCAGGGGUCCAAGGUUAGUGCGAAGGGCUCACUGCUCUGUGUGGCCAACACACACCUGCUCUUCAAUCCGAGUAGGGGCGAUGUCAAGCUGGCCCAGCUUGCUAUAAUGUUGGCAGAGAUCGACAGCGUGGUCAAGUCAUGGAAGGCCAAAGGUGAACACUGUAAUGUUAUCCUGUGUGGGGACUUCAACUCUGUCCCACACAUGCCUCUUUACCAACUCAUCACCACUGGGGAGCUCUACUUUCAGGGUAUACCCGCAUGGAUGGUGUCAGGUCAGAAGAAUCUUUCACACAAAACUGAUUGCCACAGACUUUUUGCUCCUCUUUGGCCCAGCUCUCUGGGAAUCUCAGACAACUGCCAGUAUGUCACCGCCAGUGAGGUGGAUGAAAGCCACAGUCCAAUAGUGUGUCCUGGAGGGAAACUUCAGUACAGCCACAACUUCCUCUUGAAACUGCGCUUCUGUUCAGUCUCAUGCGUACGUCCAAGUGAUUUACAAGUAAUCCCAGGCGUCACUGACAACACCCCAGAUAUGUCAAGCAGGAAGCAGCCAUAUGUCCAAAGGUUUGGACCCAUCAUCAGACACCAGUUAGACCUGGAAUCCAUCUACAACCACACCCUCCUUGACUGCAACCACUCAGAAGUCACAACCCUGCACUGUGAAGGGGGCGCCACUGUGGACUACAUCUUCUAUUCCCCUGAACGCACCUUAAGUUCAGAUCAAGCAGCUGGUGGCAAGUUUGGGAGUGAAGGUCUAAAGUUGGUUGGUUGUCUCUCGCUGCUGUCUGGGGAUGCUUUAUGGUCCAUGGAAGGCCUUCCCAACCACACAUUCCCAUCUGAUCAUCUCUGUCUUCUGGCUAAACUCCGCCUGGACCUCAACGCACCGUCAUAAAAAAGACUUUGGGUAAAAUUUAAUUCAAAUGACAGUAGCUUGUUUCAAAGGUUUUGUGUUAAUUGUGCGAUCUUGCUCUGCUUUAUUCUGUUAUUACACACAGCUUUACUUGUGGUUUAGUUAACGGAUCCAGGGGGGGGAAAAAAAAAAGUCCUAAUCUUGACUGAUGCAGAAUGAUAACUAAUGUGCCAGAAAGGUUGAUAUUUAAUCACUGCACAUUUGAGUUUUUUCAUUUUUUGUAUUUCAAUGUUCAAAAUUAGGCAUAUUUUGACAUGCUUCAAUAUUUAAUAAGUUUCCAUUAAAAUAUAUUUAGUCAA